AGGGGAAAGGCUGGGAGUGGGGAAAGAGAAAGAAAAUAUUUUUCUCAAGGUUUUUUCCGUUGACGUUUUAGCCUUUUAGGGGCAUUUUGAGGUUUUUCACUGUAUUUUGUUAACUGUUUUCUCCAUCAUGCCUCAGCCGAAAUGGUACGGAAAAUCUCUUGCGGGAUUGUGUAUGGACAAUAUCGUUGACAACAUGGAGAAGUGGACGGCAUCGCGUAGUUCAGAGCUCGUUUCUUGUCAUUUUUAUCAUCUGCCUUAUCAUUGUCUGGAGUACAUGACUGAAAACCACUGUCUAACAGAGGACAUGUUUGAUUUACUUUUAAACCCACACACGAAAGUUCUGGAUUUAUUAGAUUCAUAUUUAUUACCAGAUUUUUCACCCGAAAGAAAUCUUCGCAUUUGUGGUUUGGCAUCGGUCAGAUGUUCGCAACUAACUACACUGAAGAUUAAUGAAGGCUGUCAAUAUUAUUUAAAUGAAAAAAGAAAUUCAAAAAUGGAAGAGACUUUUUCUUCCAUGUUGCAGCUUUUCGAACACCUGCAGAUUCUUGAUUUGUCUUUCACUAUAUAUGGUGCAAGCUGCAUGCUAAAUCUUGGAUCAACUUGUAAACCAAAAAUAAGCGAGUUGCUAGUCCAACGCUGCCCUGGUGUUACCGAUUCCGUAAUGCAAGUUUUCUGCAACGGUCAAAGUUCCCUUCAAAAAUUAUCAGUUAGACAAACGGCAGUGACUCUUAUCGGAAUUAGAUUUGCUAUCGAACAUUUGCCAGAGCUGGAAGAAUUAGAUUGCGACAAUGAUUCUGAUAUCCUCAACGUUUUUCGUAGUAUUCGUAAUGAAAAGAGAGAAUCAAAAAAAUUUUCUUUGACCAAAUUGUCUAUGUUUGUGCACGACAAAGUCCCCUAUGAAAAAGGUAGCGUUUCAUUGAUGGUUGACAUGUGCCCGACGCUCGUCGAUCUUUUCCGUAUUGGUUACGGCGAAGAAUUUACUAAUGAGGAGUUGUUAGAUUUUCGAGAACUUAAACUAAUAAAAAGUCUCACAAUUUCGGAUGAAUCGUCAAUCUGUUUUCGUGGCGGAGUACUUCCUCUUCUACAAGCUCGUGGUCUUACACUUGAAACAUUAGCUUUAUCCGUGGAAGUAACGAGUGAAGAAGCUUAUGUCAUCAUCGAGUGCUGCCCGAAUAUUCGCGAUUUGACACUUGUUUUAAAAAGUAAUUAUCGGGAAACUCCUGGACCGGUGGUAGAUGGCGUCUACUCUUCUUAUUGUUCCCCAAAGGAAGUAAUUCCAUUAAGGAAGCUGGAAGAAAUCUACCUGUCUAACGAUAUCUUUUUCGCUAUUUCACGCGAAUUAUUGCUAUUGCUUUUGUCUUCCCCUGCUCUUACAUAUGUUUGCAUAAGAAAGUGUUUCACUCUUGAUGACCAAAUCAUUGAGGAAGCUUUCACUAAAAACAAAUUCAAGUAUUUGACCAUAUUAAAGUUUCUCGAUUGUUCUAAUGUGAGCCAGAAAGGUAUCGAUUUCUUCCUGAACGAAACGAAUCCUUUGUGCUACAUUUAUGUAGAAGGCUGUGGAAAUGUGAACUUUGAUCGGUUGAAGAUGAUGGUAAAAGAGAAGCACUGGAAUAUCAAGUUUUUAUAUAAUGAUGAAGAUGAUGAAGAUGUGAUGCAGUAAGACAAUGCGAUCCAAUAUUUUUUACGUUUCGUCCUUUUUCCUGUCUAAAUAUUUAUUUCCUUAUGUUUAUAUACUAUAUGCUUUCACAAAAUGCUCACCUACAAGGAAAAAUAAUGAUGUUUUUGUCAUACAAUUCUUUAUCUGGUAUACACGAGUCAAGGUUAAA